GCUCGAGCGCUUCAUCUCGAGUCACCGGGGACCCCGCGCGCAACAAGAGCCCCCCAUGGGUGCAAUAGUGCAAACACAGACGGCGUGUGAUUGGCCGGAGGUUGAUCAGAUGGUGCUCUUCCCCUCUGUGUGCAGCGGCACCUCGCAACCCCCCUUUCAGCAAAAACCAAAUCUCGGAUAAAGUAAUGGCAAAACCACUUGGACUAUAAAAGACAACAAAUCAUAUUCCUCCGGAGUAUAUACACCCCGUUGUCCACCCAAUGAGUUCCUAUUUUGUAAACUCAACUUUUCCCGUGUCUCUACCGGGAGGACAGGACUCUCUCCUGGGUCAGAUACCGUUAUAUUCCUCGGGAUACACCGAAUCGUUAAGACACUACUCCAACGCCGCCACGUAUGGAGCGGCCAGCAUGCAGGACAAGGUCUACCCGGCGUCCUACUACCAGCAGACGGGCGCGGCGGCGGCGGCGGCCAUCUACGGGAGGGCCGGCGGUGGCGGGCCAACCUGCGACUACAACCCGGUCGGGACUUUCUACAAGGACGCGGCGGAGGGCUCGUGCUCCUUCUCCAGCCGAGACGAGCCGCCGCUGUUCGUCACGCAGGAGCAGCGCAAAGCGGAGUGCCCGGAGCAGCCCGGCGGGUUGGGCAGCGGCAUCGACGACAAGUCCUCCACCCUCAUCUACCCGUGGAUGCAGCGGAUGAACGCCUGCUCCGCCGACACACCACUACAGAUUUCGAGUGCACUCUCAGGUCCAUUUGGCAACAGUGGCCGCAGGGGCCGACAGACCUACACCCGGUACCAGACCCUGGAGCUGGAGAAGGAGUUCCACUUUAACCGAUACCUGACCAGGAGGCGCCGGAUAGAGAUCUCACACGCCCUGUGUCUGACGGAGAGACAGAUCAAGAUCUGGUUCCAGAACCGCAGGAUGAAGUGGAAAAAGGAGAACAAGCUCCUCAACCCUUCAAAGACACCCGAGGAGGAGGAGGAACAGGCGGAGAAAAAGAGCUAAAAAAGGGACACUGGAGGAAAAGGCAUGUGUGCCAAAUAAAAAAAAAGAAAAUGUUUCUUUGUAGAUAAAGUGCUGCAAAUCCCAUGUUAGAGAAGUGUAGAGGGAUAGACUUUAUUUCAGUAUCUGCACGGUGAUAAUGUCUGCAUUAGGUUUAAAUAUCAGGUCCUCUUCUUGUUUGUCCUUGUGCUCGUGUCUUUAUUUAGGGGACUAUGCAAAAUCCGCCAAACUGUAAAUACUUUUUAGUGUUUUUAGUUUUUGACAAUGUCGUUACCUCAUUAUCGUCUAAACCUACUGAGUUGUACUUUGUUAUUAUAUUUUUUCCCUCUUCACUGUACAUCUCGUGGUGUUAGUUGUUCUAUAAUAAAUAGUCUUAGGCUCGUUGUUUUCUUUUGCAGCUGUGCCAUCGACACUUGACAUUUUGUACAGACGAGAAAAUGUUCCAUGUUAUUUAUUGUUG